ACUAGCGGUUUAUUUGAAAAUUUUAACUGCUGCGGUUAAAAAUUAAUGUAAGAUUGAAAAUACUGAAUUUGCCAUGAAUUUUAAAAGAAAUAAUAUAGAUUCAGUGCCUAAACGGCGUGCAACUGAAAGAAGUUUUGGUGGGAAAGAAAAUAAUUCUAUGUCUAAUUCAAGAAAUCCAUCUUCGACAAAAGUUGAACAAAUAUUUAAUGAAGUUAGGAUAUCUGCAUGUAAAACUAUAAGUAACGUGAAGUGUUCUUUUGAUGAUUUAUCUCAGAAGCUGCGUAGAAAUACUAAAAGAGCACGGAACAUGACAAAAAUGCAGCAGUAUGAGGAACUAAAUGAACAAGUGACUCCUGUGAAAUUAUAUUCCCCUUUCACUUUUGUGACUCCCAGCCCUAAAAGCAGCAGAAAAACCCGGUCACCGAAGAGGUAAGUAUUAUCAGGUGCUG